GGUUAACAAAGGCAGAGACGAUCGAGUCUCAUCGGGUGCUUUCGUGCAGUGAUUCGUGCGGCCGGCGUUGGGAGAAGGUGACGUUGCACGCCCCUUGUCCUGGCAAACCAGAUCUUCGAUGGUGAAAAGAAAUAUGAGCCGAGUGCAAUGUGUCCGGACGGCGGCAUCUGCCCCGAGGGUCAGACUUGCGGCGACGUCGGCGACGGCCGCUACGCCUGCUGUCCCUACAGCAAUGCGGUCCCUUGCGGCGACAAGUUGCACUGCUGUCCCCAGGGACACCUGUGCCAUCUGUCCACCGGAGCCUGCGUCGGAGACCUCGGGACCUUGGCCAUGGUUAGGUAUCAACAUGCCACCGAGAUCCCCAGCGGAAACGCAGAUUGUGACGACCCCAGCACAGUGAUGUGCCAUAAUCACCAGUACUGCGAGAAGGGCACCAAAUGCUGCAGAACCAACGAAGGUUUCGAGUUUUACUACUGCUGCCGGUACCAGAACGGCACUUGUUGCUUAGGCAAUACCUUCUGCUGCGACACGGAUUACGUUUGCGACUUGAAAUACAACAUCUGCAGGCUCAAGGGUUCUCACACCGCCCACGUUCGGGGCCUUAGCGAGCUCCAGAAGGACCCGGCAAUUCCGAAGAGCCUUGGGAUGCCAACCAAGUCCAACAGGGCAAAGACAGUUAAGUUCGAGAACUGUCCGGACGGAACGAGCUGUCACUACGGCUCCAGCUGCUGCCAAAAUGAGGACGGCCGCUACGCCUGCUGCCCUUACGAGCGUGCCCAAUGCUGCGACAAUGAGCGUUGCUGUCCUCAGGGUUUCAAGUGCAACGACGCAGAGAAGACCUGCAAGAAGGACGAGACUGUCAAGCCAAUGGCUGCCAAGUACCGAAGCUUCAAAAAACCCGUGCCAAACAUCGACACCACGCCGAGCGUUCCCUGUCCCACCUGGAUGAUUUGUGGCAGCAACAGCUGCUGCGUGAACCAGUACGGAGCGUACAGGUGCAGUCCGUACACCAACGGAACAUGCUGCUCAGACGGAGUGUCCGGUUGUCCUCCUGGAAAGAUCUGCGUUUAGGAUUUUUUAAGCUACCCAGAGCUAACUACAUCUUUAAAAUACUUUGUUUUUACUGUUCUCAACAUGCUAAUUAUUAUCUCUAAAUUCAAAAAGGGUUCUUAAUAAAAACGGAACCUAAUUAUACAAACCGACAUUCGCCUUUCCCCGCGCUUAACAAUGGCAUGAAGUCGCAUGUUGCAAAACUUCCAUGUCGAGCAGGUAGUCUAAAAUAAUAAAAAAAAAAAAAGCAUGUAUGUACAGUCUUGCCUUCGGUAAGCUUCCAGAACAUGCAUUUCUCACAAUCAGAAUGCCUUGCGAACCCGUUGAGAAAAAACGCUUUACUGUCAAAAUAAAACAUCUGUUGUCACCUUUUCA